UGAAAAUUAAAGAAGAAAAUCAAAAACCAAAAUCCCCCCGAAAAAGGGAAUUUUACCCAAUUUCUUUUUCUUUCUCCUCAGUUUUGGCCUGUAAGUGUUUCAGUUCGUCAUCAUUUUCUCCAUCUCGAUUUUGCUUUGCUUCUAAACAAAGGCAGCUGUUGUGCCGUCCCUGCAGCUGCGGAGCUCUUUUCCCUUUUUGUGUUUCUGGGUUGCAGCUGGAAAAGAUUAGGGAAUGGGGAAAUGAAGAUGAAGAAUCGUGGGAAAAGAUUGGGACUCCGAUUUCUUUGAUUGAUAACGGGGUUGCUCUGCAUUUGGGCUGCAUUUAGGAGCUAGAGGUACUCCGGUGGAACAAAUGCGGGAAAUAUAACACAGAAGCAAUUUUUGUUGAGUGAUUGUCAAAUGUUAGGUCUCUGAUAGCCUCAAGGAGUACUCGACUUGAUUCAGGAUGACAACGUCAUUUCUCUGGCUAUAUGAAACCUAUAUCUUCUGGACCUAGGGGCGUACCCGUUGGUGGUCUUUACAAUCAUCUGUUGAGUUUAUAAUGGGUCCAGAGCCAGAAGUAAGUGAGAGUGGAAACGGGGGACUAGGAACCUUAAAGGAAGAUAGCGAUGACACUAUUCCUGGAAGAAUAGAAGCUUUUAAUGGUCUCUCUGAAGGGAGUUAUUUUUCUGAUGUCCUCCAAGCAAAGUGUGGCCAUUAUGGGGAUAUCCCUAGUUUAGAGAAUACCUCUACGCAAUCACUUUUCACUGUCACGAAUAUGAUUCUGGAUGAAUGCGUUGAAGGAAAGAAUGAGAACAUCCCUCAGCGUGUUGCAUCCAUUUUGAAAUUAGUCAUGCUAGAAAUUCAGGAGCGGGUUUCGAAACAAGCCCAAAAUAUGAGGAAGCAAAGCACACUGUACAACUCUCGUGAAGAGAGGUAUCAAUCAAAAAUUAGAGCAUUAGAAACCCUAGCAACUGGAACUACUGAAGAAAAUGAGGUUGUCAUGAACCAGCUUCGACAGAUGAAGCUUGAGAAGACUAAAAUCGAGGAGGUGCUGAAGCUCGAGCAACACGAUUUAACUAUAUUGAGGCAAGAAAAGGACCGCUGUGAGAGUCUAAUUUUAUCACUAGAGGAAGAAAUAAGAUUAACCAAACAGGACUAUGAAGAGAAGUGCUUUCAAUUGGAAGCCAGGGCUGAGGAAACCAAAGAUAAGCUACUGAAAAAAAUACUGGAACUUGAGCGUCUUCUGACUGAUUCAAGGAACAAAGUAAAAGAGCUUGAGGACUUCUCGGAAUCAAAAUUUUUGAGGUGGAAAAGAAAAGAACAUGGAUACAGGCACUUCAUCGAUUCUCAAUUUGAAUCCCUGCAGGACCUGAGGUUGGCAUCUGAGUCCAUAAAGCAAGAGGUCUCGAAGAUUAAGAAUGUCUAUGCUGAAGAAUUUUAUCAUUUUGGUGUAAAUAUCAAAGGGUUGAUAGAUGCUGCUCAGAAUUAUCACAGUGUGCUUGAAGAAAAUAGGAAACUGUACAACGAGGUUCAAGAUUUGAAAGGUAACAUAAGAGUUUAUUGUCGUAUAAGGCCAUUCCUCCCCGGACAAAGUAGAAAACAAACAACCAUACAGUACAUUGGUGAGAACGGAGAGUUGGUUGUUAUAAACCCCUUGAAACCAGGAAAAGACAGUCAUCGGCUUUUCAAAUUCAACAAGGUCUUUGGUCCUGCAUCUACUCAAGAGGAGGUGUUUCGAGAUACCCAACCAUUAAUUCGGUCUGUCCUUGAUGGGUAUAACGUUUGCAUAUUUGCCUAUGGUCAAACUGGUUCAGGGAAGACUUACACCAUGACGGGACCUAAUGCGACAUCAAUUGUGGAUUGGGGGGUCAACUAUAGAGCUCUGAAUGAUCUCUUCAAUAUCUCUCAGAAUAGACAUAGCUCCAUUGCAUAUGAAGUUGGUGUUCAAAUGGUUGAAAUAUAUAACGAACAAGUUCGGGACUUACUCUGCAAUGACAGCUUCCAGAAGAGACUUGGGAUUUGGAAUAGUUCCCAACCAAAUGGGUUGGCUGUGCCUGAUGCUAGCAUGCACCCUGUUAAAUCAACUUCCGAUGUGUUGGAGCUGAUGAAUAUUGGCCUGAUGAAUCGGGCUGUAGGGGCUACUGCCUUGAACGAGAGAAGCAGCCGGUCUCACAGUAUCCUCACUGUUCAUGUCCGUGGGACGGACUUGGAGACGAAUGCUGUUUUGCGUGGUUGCCUGCACUUGGUUGAUCUUGCUGGCAGUGAAAGAGUUGAUCGAUCUGAAGCAACAGGAGACAGAUUGCGUGAAGCACAACAUAUUAACAGGUCUUUAUCGGCUUUGGGAGAUGUGAUCUUUGCGCUGGCCCAAAAAAAUCCUCAUGUACCAUACAGAAAUAGCAAAUUAACUCAAGUUCUUCAGAGCUCUCUAGGUGGCCAAGCAAAGGCUCUCAUGUUUGUACAACUGAAUCCCGAUGUAGAAUCCUACUCGGAGACUAUAAGUACCCUUAAGUUUGCCGAGAGGGUUUCUGGUGUUGAGUUGGGUGCUGCACGAAGUAAUAAGGAGGGUAGAGGUGUCAGAGAACUUAUGGAACAGGUAGCUACUCUAAAGGAUGCUGUUUCAAAGAAGGAUGAGGAAAUAGUGCGGUUGCGGUUACUCAAAACCAAUGGGAAUUCUUCUAUAGGAGUAGGACGAUCAAGCCAACAACUUUCAGGAGUUAAAAGUUCUGAUGGGAAAGCUGCCUUUGAUAUGGACAAUAGCUCUGAGUACAGUGAUAAGCACUCAGAUGCUGGUUCUCAGCAGUCCGUGGAUGAUUUUAGGCACCACAAAGAAUUCUUUCAACAAUCAAAACUUGCAGCUGCAGGUGGUACGGAAAACUAUCUGGAAGACGUUGAAUCAAAUCUUAAUUUGGCUGAUGGAGGUAAAAGUCCUAACGGCGGCAUACAGUUCUUGGAAUCUGGAGAUGCUGAUACUGACGAGAAACUUAGUGAUAUGUCUGACGGAGUUCUUUCUCUGGGAACCCAAACUGAUGCUUCAAUCAAUAGUAUUCCUGAGAUUGCAAAGCUAUCUGCAGAUUCAACUGAAAAGCGCAACGUACCGGUCGAACUUCCAAGACCACCCACAAAGCAGGGGCAAGCAGGAUCAUCUCGGUUGUCAUUUAGCAGGAGCUCCACAAAAGUUCCAAGUUCUAAAAGAGCAACGCUUGGCAGUUCCUCUGCAGUGAAACUUCCCAAAAACUGGCACUAAGUCACUAGAGGCAAGCAGGUCAAAAACGAAGGAAAGAACUAGCAACAUCGUUCUUGUUUGUAGAUUAGAGCAAUAGGGGACCUUCCUCCAGCCCAUGGCUCUUUAGGCACGAGCAUUGUUAUAUUAAAAGGGUUAUAUAGAAACUUCUUGUAAACUAUGUAGGUUAGGUCGUAGCGGAAAUCUUUAAAAUUGCAUCCUCAUCUUAUUGAUGAGUUGGAAGUUAUGUAGUCUCAUGUUCUUCAGAUAUGCAGGUGCUUCCUUUUGAAGCCACAACCAUGAAUUCAGUUAGCAAGAUUUCAGUUG